AUGUCUGGCCAUGCACUUGCAAGCUUGAGCCCAACGUUUUACAGCUCGACAUGCCCAAAUCUCACAGGAAUCGUUCGAGCCGCAGUGCAACAGGUUGUGGCAAGCGAGCCACGAAUGUGUGCAUCUUUAGUUCGACUCUUCUUUCACGACUGCCAUGUGAAUGGAUGUGAUGCAUCCAUCAUGCUGAAUGGCUCAAACAAUGAGCAGUUUGCUUUCCCAAACAUAAACUCUUUGCGAGGAUACAACGUGAUCGAAAACAUCAAGGCUUUGGUGGAGGCGAAAUGCCCAAACACUGUCUCAUGCGCUGAUAUCAUUGUGAUCGUCGCUAGAGAGUGCGUCAUGGCGCUGAAUGGACCAACAUGGACCGUUACCUUUGGCCGGCGAGACAGCCUCACGGCAAACCAGACGGCUGCAAACGUAGAACUUCCACCUUUCUUCCUCAAUGUUUCCAGGCUCAUCGCUAACUUUCAAAGCCAUGGUCUCUCCGUGCAAGAUCUAGUCGCUCUCUCAGGAUCUCACACCAUUGGCCAAGGCCAAUGUGGGAACUUCAAGUCUCGCCUUUAUGGUCCAUCACUGAGCUCUUCGCCAGAUUACAUGAACCCUUACUACAAUCAGUCGCUCAGGAGCCAGUGUCCUAGCAGUGGUGGUGACUCAAACCUUUCUCCUCUAGAUUUGCAAACUCCAGUGGUGUUUGACAACAAGUAUUACAAGAACUUGAUAAAUUUCAGUGGAUUGUUCCACUCUGACCAGACACUGUGGAGUGGUGGCGAUUGGACGGUUGCGCAGCUGGUGCACACUUAUGCCAUGAAUCAAGCACGAUUUUUCCAGGACUUUGCGACUGGAAUGAUCAAUAUGGGAAACCUCAAGCCGCUCUUAGCUCCAAAUGGACAGAUCCGUAAAUACUGUGGCAAAGUGAACUAGAUUUUUUCAAUAAAUAAAAAUUAUUAUCCCUUGGUUCCAAGGUAUUUAUCAA